AUGGUUGAGAUUGAAGGCAAAAGGGGACGUCAGGUCCCACUGCUGUUAAUGCCUGAUAUCAAAGAAGCAAUGAAGAUCUUAGUCAAGAAAAGACAAAGCCAACACCGAUCCAAACAACAAGUUUUUCUUUACCCGCCUGUCUGAGGACUCAAUUAAUCACAUUCGCCACAUGGACUGUCUGACAAAACAAUGUAGAGGGCUUGAAGUAAAAGAACCUAAUUUGAUAGUACCUGCCAUAGAAAGUAUGCUGCAACGGUUUCCCCAGUGUUAGACCUCCAAGAAAAAGAGUUAGAUUGACUGGCACGACACAUGGGACAUGACAUCAGAGUACACAGGGAAUAUUAUAGACUCCACCAGUCUGGAGCUGGCUAAAUUCAGCAAAAUAAUGGCACUAGUUGAUGAGGGAAGCUACCAGCAAGCCAUUGGGAAACCUUUGAAUGAAGUCGAGGUUGAUGCUGGUUAGUUAAACAUUUAUGUCUUGUUCUUGUAGAUCAUAAUCCGUUUAACUUUUGUACAUAAACUUUUCAGGGGUAUAGCCAAUAACAACCAAACAAACUACAUGUAAAAAACCCUGUAGGUUACAACUAUUUGGUUUUAAGGGGAAAAUGUAUACGCAAAUUGUUCAUCCAUGUUUCCUUGGAAAACUGCAUUUUUCUUGCCGUAAGAAAGGCUGUACCAAAGAAAGAGAUGGCACGACACUGCAGACGGCAGACAAGAGGGGUUGAGGAAACUUCAAACUGCUACGGUUAGGUUCUAACUGUUACCAUCGGUUAUUUAUUGUAAAAGGAAAGUUUGGAAAAGUUACACUGGUUUUGCCUUUCAUCGCGAAAUGCCUGUUGCAGUGAGACAAUUCAAUGAAGGAGUCUUGCAAGUAGAAGUUGAGCAUGAGGCAAACAUUAUUUCCUCAUUUAAUAAGGCCAAACCUUUCAUGCUUCUACUACAAUUCUAACUUGUUUUUCGGCAGGAACGAUUCAACCGAUUUCUAUGAUUUUUUUGGACAGUUUUUGUAAAAAUUCGGUUUUACUCAUAAGCCGAUAUCUCAAACAGUUUUAAACCUACACAAAAAUAAACAACAUUUUCUUAAAUUUGCACUAUUCUUUAUUAAGGAUGCCAAAAAUCAAAGAAAUCCGUUAAUAUUUAUUGCCUUUUAUCAUGCUGCAGUUGAGAAAACACAUUUAUUUAAAGUGUUCUUUUGGCUUGUUUUUUCUCUUUAUAGAAUGGUGAUGACGCAAAGAAAGUUGCCCAGAACAGCAAGGAGGGAAUGACGCCCCUCGUCAUCUUUGAGGGACAACCGCAAGCCCCAGAUGAUACAUCCCUCAGUGUGGAAAGGAAUCUCCUUCUAAAGGCUAAUGGAGGAUAUAGCAGCGCCUGGUCACCCUUCUUCUAAUAUAUUUUGUGUGUAAUAUAGAAUAUCCAAAAGAAUGCAGAAACUCAUAUUCAUUUCUCCAGAGAGAAGUUUUGAAUGGACAAUGUUAAACUUAACCGACUAAGGUAUUGCUGUAAAUGAACUGAGUCAGUUCUAAGCUCGUAAUUAAAGAACACUAAAAUUAAUUCUGCACGACUUGUUGUAUAAUCUACCUUUCACAUCAAUAGCUAAGCCGAACGAAGACAACGACCGUGGCAAAAACGUUCCUUAAAAGUAAAUCCACAUUGUUUCAAAUUUCAUCUCUCUGGCUUCUGCAGUUCUGUAAAGGACUAUAUUAAUAUUUGAAUUAUUGAAAAAGGUUGCAUGACUGAAAUCGUAAAGUCCCUGGUUAAAGCAUGCCUUUGUCUACCAAGACAAUUGGACAUGCCUUAAUGAGAAACCAGCCAAGAUCAUACAAGUGCUUGAUCUACCAGAUUAAAGUCCGUGAGCCUAGUUAGACCAGAGUUAAAGAAAAAAAAAUGGGGCUUUAUCAGCCCUGCCAAAUAUACAGCUACGAGCACAAUUUUUUUUGCCUAGUCAAUUGGUUACUUCUACCAGUUGUUCGUUCAAUUUAAGGAUGAAGGUUUCAGUAAUUUUGCAUACAAAAUGUUGACAAAAGGGACAAGAUGUUUCGUUCCGAGGAGUGUUUUUGACAUUGAAGGCAUUUGAUUGUCACAUGAGAUACUUUGUGAUAUGUUAUUUCAUAUUGAUGUAAUUUAGCUUUGCUCUUAAUAUUGAAUUUGACGCUGCCUGACAAGUAUUUUUCUUUUUCUCUUGCACUGCCUGUACACACCAAGAUCUUAUCUUAUUCCUAGAAUUAAUUAUUUAGUUUAGUUCUUACAUAAUAACAUAUGAUAAGGGACAUUCAAUAUUGAGUUCGUCAGUUCCUUCUGUGACGUUAGAUCUCACUCGGUACUCAGUUCGAUUUCUUUUAUUUUUCUUUAAAUAUUAUGUCUCAAUUGCACUAUUCUCUCCACACAAGUAAGGAAUUCGAAUACGCCUUACUAAAUGGGGGAAAGCAGUUACAGUUCCCUGUCUGCGUUUUUCUUCCCCAAGAUCAUCUCCCCAGUCUGGCCCAUUGAAGAAUGGCAAGGACAAUGAGCCUCAAAACAGAGCUACUCUUCGGGAUUUGUGCUCUAAAAAAAAAUGACGUCUCAAGUGGAUGCCUUGUUGACACAACCGUUGGACAGUAGUAGACUGUUAGAUUGUCAUGAAAUGAGAAGCCAUUUUGAAUCCCGUCCCAAAAGAGUGGAUAUUGUGAGUUACAAGAGCCAAUCAGAACCUGCCAAAAUUGCAAUCCACUCAUUUGGUGAAUACUAAUAUUUGCAUAUUUCAAAGGAAGGCAGAUAGAUGCCCAAAAAAUAUUGUUUAGUGGUUCUAAGGGAACCAAAUAUUGAUACUGGCCUUGAUCAAUACACAUCCCACCUUUCGAAGAUAAUUGUGAUUGACGUCCAUCAAACUUUGCCGUGUGAACAUUCUUAUUAUUCAAAAUACAAAGGUUGCACCUUGUCUAAUAUUAAGAAGAAAUUAAGAUAAAUGCCUGUGGUCACAAAAACAAUUCUUACAUUUCUUGUAUCUAUUUGGUUUCCUUAUUUAGCAAUGGACCUUUUGGUUGGACUGAUUUGUUUUGGCAACAUUCAGUAGAGGAGCUACACUUGCUGGAGUGACUCCUAUGUACAGACCCGCCCCCUCCCCUCAGUAAAAGCAAAGGCGUGUCUUUAAUUUACCGUUGCUAAACGUGUAUGGAGACCUCGUGAUUUUUCCCGGAAUGUGUGGAAAAUGAUUUGAUUGGCCGUAACUCGUAGAUCACCGCGUCAAUUAAGGGAUGGACCAUUUUAUUUUUGAGGGGGGGGUUGGGCAAUUACCAAAAAAAAAUUCCUGCAUAGCAAAAGUCAAGAAAAAAAAAAUCAUGCACAGUGGGCCAGGGAAAAAAAAAAUUCGAGCAAGCCUUUCUACUGGUAGGAUCCUGUUAGAGCAAAUAAAAAGGUAAUCUGUAAUUUUUGUCAAUUUUAUUUCAACAGACCAAAAAUGCUGUUAAACUGUUUGUAAAAUAAUUCACUUCUUUGUGUUUCAUAUCAUAAAUAUCAAAAUUACAACAUUUCCAUCCAUCUCUUGUAGUAAAACAUAAAUUUGAACCAUUUCACUGAAUCUGGUAUAAUAUAAAAAUCAUGUCUUAAAAUAUCAUUUAUAUUUAAAUAUAACUUGUAUUAUAAAAUAACUUUUAGCUAUCUUCAACAUAUCUCAUAUAUAUUUAUUAAAUAACAAUAACUGCAAUGUCUUAUAGUGUCUCUGUUUCUGCCCCUUUUUCUGCUUCUACAGAAGCUUCUUAACAGACCAAAAAUGCUGUUAAACUGUUUGUAAAAUAAUUCACCUCCUUGUGUUUCAUAUCAUAAAUAUCAAAAAUACAACAUUUCCAUCCACUUUUUUGGGACAGUUCUUAGUCAGUGCCCUACUUCUGGUCAAUUUGUGUAAGUUAUACACAUUGUUAAUUUAAAACAAAUAACAUUUAACUGAAUUUUUGCUUCAAAUCAAAAUAGAAGCAUUGUCACAUCAGCAUAUAGACCAUGUAGCUGAAGCUCUUGAGUAGGGUGCUGAUGUAAACGUUCAUUUCCAUGUUUAAAUUUGUCCUAUUUAUAAAUAUUCUUUGAAAUCAUUAAAUGUAUUUAUUGUUAUAGGAUUAUAUGAUUAAUUGUACAAGUAGUGUUCAUUCCUGUAACCAAGUUAUUGGUUUUCCAUGUAGGCAACAACUCCAAGCAUAUUGUGGUGGACAACGGUCUUACCAAAGGCGGACAUUUGUACGUGGAAGUCCUCCAUUUAUCCCCCUUGUCUUGGAUCACUUUGCCACAAAGGGGACUCUUGCAGAUAUUUCUCAGUUACCCCCAGAUAUCAAGCUUGAAGGACACAGGUAAGCAGUUAGGGUUCACUACUCUAUGUGUGUGUUGAUACAGUAACACUUUUAAAAUGUGCAAAGAGGAAAUCAUAUGUUAAAAUGUUCAUCAGUGCAAAGAGUGAAUCAUACCACUCUCAGUGAAAUUUAUGAGGUUGUGAUUUCUCAGAAGAAUUUUAAUUUAUAAUGACAGAAGAUGGUGUGCUAUAAACUGUGUCAAAUGUACAUAUCUUAUUCUUGUUUAUGUAGAGAAUGAUGUAUUAAACAGUUUGUCAUAUUUCUUCCAGAUAUGUCCUAAAGGGUGCUACAUUUUAUAGUGGAAAUCACUAUAGAGGUGCUGUAAAGAGGGGAGGCAACUGGUUCCACUAUGAUGGUCUAUGGGAGAGGCAACAGCCAGGAAGUGGAUUGAGACUGGGGGGCACAGCUAUUCCACAAGGCUUUAUGCUGUCAAGCUGCAUUUAUGUCAAGGCUUUGUUACUGUAAGAGGGUGGGAAGUAUUAAAAUUUGCUAGGUGUUUUCUUAAGACAACAUUUGUGUUUUAGAUAAGAUAUUCAAUACUAAUUUCCUGGCAUCGGAUAAAAAGAUCCAGGCAUUUUUACAACAUUUGUAAUUCAGCUGAACAAAAUUCCUUUAUAUUUAUUUUUGUAACCCAACAUGUAACACUGAAUAGACUAAAUGCAGCUUGACAGUAUUGGCCUGGAGAGAAAGCACUGCUUGAGGUACAUGUACCAUCUUGUAUAGACAUACCCUAUGAAAAGCUCAUUUUUGGUGAUACUAAAUAUGAAGACUAAAAAACAUGGAAAAAAAAAAUUCGUGCACAACCUUAAGGUACUAAAAAAAAUUCGUGCACAGCCCAAAGGCGAAAAAAAAAAUUCUUACCAAGCAAAAAUUGCCCAACCCCCGCCCCCCCCCCCUCAAAAAUAAAAUGGUCCAUCCCUAAGGUGGCUCGACUGGAUUUUUUUGGGAAGAUGCCUCCCAAGUUUGAGCAUUAACUACGUCGCCAUGAGUAAAGAUAUGGGAAAACGAUUACCACAACCGUAUUAUAUAAAAAUGAAAAUUUCUUAUGAUCUGGGUUUUAUUGCAAUCGGAGUCGCCAUGGCAACGUAACGACGCCAUUACGUUUUUUAUUUAUCUUUGUGUUUCUCUGUACCGGGAGUUUUUUUAAGAAAUCACUUAAGGGAGUUUGUACCUGCCAUAAUUGCCUCAAUUAUUUUAUAGUUUGAACAAAUUCUAUGAGAGCGUUUUCGAAAUAUUUUGAAACGAAGUUUUAAGCAUCGUAAAAACAGUGAAAUAGCAUGCUUUCCACACAAUUAGCUAAUUUUUUAAGAAAAUGAUGAGCUUUGGUAACACGGCUUCAUCUUAUAGUGGUUUGAUUUCAUUGAAAACUGCGUACAAAAAAGGAGGAGAAUUGCUCCGGGCGAUCGCGAGUAAGAAGAAUUUUAGUAACUUGCAUUCAGCUGCUUUUGUUACAGUUUUUGCACGUAAUUUGGUCCAUGCCUACAAAUUUCGCAUUUUUCAAAAAACCGCUGGAUAAAUUUUUUUAUAAAUUUGACAAUCCUGAGGUCAAUUGCUAAUAAAUAUACCCUGCAAGUCUCAAGAACAUUGAAAACAGAGAAGGCUUUUAAAUGGGGCCUCAAAUAUAACCAAUUUUCCCCCCAUGUUUUGUGUUUGCAAGUGAGCGUCCUCAUUAUUCCCUGGCAUUGUUUCCAAGUUUUAUAUGCACGUGCACAUUUAGCAGAAGGAAAUAAAUUUGCGUCAAAAAGAACUCUCGAUUAUGUUCGGAAGAAAUAUCUGGAAUAUGUUAAUAAUUGGCUUGUGUCAAAGAUAGCAGUGAGAGCCGAGACGGUGAACGUCACGGCUCAUCGUGUAGGAUUCAAUACUUAGUUAUCUUACUCGAGUAAUAACAUCACAAACUCUUACAAAGAGUUGCUGUGUUGUUAUAAUAUAUCAUUAAUUUCUUAACCCGGUUAUUAGCAUUUUCGGGAGAUUUAACCGAGGGUCCUUUUUGAUGCAAAUUCUAUUUUUUUGCUAAAUGUACACGUGCAUAUGAAACUUGGAAACAAUGCCAGUGAAUAAUGAGGACGCUCACUUGUAAACACAAAAUCUGGGGGAAAAUUGGUUAUAUUUGAGGCCCUAUUUAAAAGCCUUCUCUGUUUUCAAUGUUCUUAAAACUUGCAGGGUAUGUUUGGCACUUUUGUGGAGCGCGCGAUGCAGAUAAGCUCGAAGCUUUAAAUAAAAGAAUACUUAGAUUUAUACUUGGAGAUUACUCGUCUCCAUACAACACUCUUCUCUCAAAAGUAAGCUCUACUUCUUUGUUUAACAAACGCAUUCAAAAUUUCCUCAUUCUGUUAUAUAAGAGUUUGUUUUUCACUCAUUUUCCUACUUAUAUGAAGAAUAUGUUUUCACUCCGGUCCUCUUCCUAUGAUCUUCGUGGCAAGUACAUUCUUUCACUAAGUAAACCUAAAACAACUACCUAUGGUCUUAACUCCUUUUCUUACUUUUCAGCUAAGCAGUGGAAUGCACUGCUGGACUUUUUUCGUACCAGUUUUUUUGCAGACUUUAAGACUAAAAUACAGGAUGUUACCUUCAUGUAGAUUCUUUUUGCCUGACAUACUUAAACUUAAAAUUGUGAAUUGUAAAUGAUAUUUUCUUUCCUUGCAUUUAAUGUAUAUAUAUAUUUUCUAUAUAGUUUUUAUGUAGUGUCAGCUCGAAGAUAUUAGCUUGUUAGCUACCCUAAAAUUCGAGUUUAAAUAAAGUUUUAUGUUAUGUUAUGUUUAUAGACAAUUAACCUCGGGAUUGUCAAAUUUAUAAAAAAAUUUGUCGAGCGGUUUUUUGGAAAAUGCGAAAUUUGUAGGCAUGGACCAAAUUACGUGCAAAAACUGUAACAAAAGCAGCUGAAUGCAAGUUACUAAAAUUCUUCUAACUCGCGAUCGCCCGGAGCAAUUCUCCUCACUUUCUGUACGCAGUUUUCAAUGAAAUCAAACCACUAUAAGAUGAAGCCGUGUUACCAUAGCUCAUCAUUUUCUUAAAAAAUUAGCUAAUUGUGUGGAUAGCAAGCUAUUUCACUGUUUUUAUGACGCUUAAAACUUCGUUUCAAAAUAUUUCGAAAACGCUCUCAUAGAAUUUGUUCAAACUAUAACAUAAUUGAGGCAAUUAUGGCAGGUACAAACUCUCUUGAGCGAUUUCUUAAAAAAACUCCCGGUACAGAGAAACACAAAGAUAAAUAAAAAACGUAAUGGCGUCGUUACGUUGCCAUGGUGACUCCGAUUGCAAUAAAACCCAGAUCAUAAGAAAUUUUCAUCUUUAUAUAAUACAGUUGUGGUAAUCGUUUUCGACCCUGUGUUAAGAAAAACGAAAUGUUGCCAUUCACAAUAAGCUAUUAGCUGUUGAGACCGCAAAGGAAAAUGAGGUCGAAGAUAAACAGAUGAUAGCAGAGUUAUUUGUUUUUUUCCCUGGGAGCAACAAGACCUUCGCAUCUAAAGGAAAAUGAAUGCAGAAUCAUGAAAGUUCCCACAAUCAACAGGUACCAGCUUUGGAUCCCUUGCGGUGAAGUUAGGCCAUGCCAUAAAUAAGUAAAUGACCAUCAAAAGAGGAAAGGCUUUGAGAGAAUAAGACCAAGUGCUGCUAGAAGACAUGGAAAUCUCGAAAAGCUUAUGGGAUCUGAAUGGAGUGAUAACAUCUCAUAUAAGUCACUAGGAACAGUCUACAAGAGGAACUUAACAAGCCAGAUCUUCUCUCAGUUACUGAAGACUUGGAGAUGUUGAGAAAACAUCUCCUUCACAAGAUUGUCACUUGUACAGGAACCUUAAAAGCUGCACCAACAAUUCAGAAUUGGGGCGAGUUAGCUGAAAUAACCCUUUGCCAAGUUAUAACAUUCCAUAACCAAAGAGGUGGUGAAGUUUCGAAAAUGCUGCAGCUUAGAAUGUAGAAUGGCCAGACUGGAAGAAAUCAGCAACAAAAGGAAUUGAAGAUUGUAUAUAGCCGAUUGAGAAGGAGGUGUGUAAGAGGUAUAAAGUGAUGACACAUUCAGUUAUUCCACUACCAACACACAAAAAAAUUGCAGACACCUUGGAAUACAUGCACAGUGAUAAGAUACACUUACAAAUCUAUCACCAACUGCUACACUAGAUUACGUUGAUUGCCAACAAUUCAACAAAAAUAUUAAUCGACGCACUAAGAAAUCUUCCAGCAGGGUAAAGGGUGCAUACCAAAUUAUUGCCAAUAUCAAUCUAAAAGAAAAGGAUGGAAAAAUUUAAUAUUUUGCCCUUUGUAUCCUUGGAUAUGCUAGAGACUGAAAGCAGAAGGGGACGUAAGGUCCCAGUGGUGUAAACACGUGAUAUAAAAGAUAAAAUGGAGGUCUCAGGCAAGAAAAGACGAGGCCAAAAUCAAUCUAAAGUUUAAAGUCUAAGUUUUUCUUUGCCCGCCCCUCUGAGAACUCAAUUAAUCGCAGUCGCCAUGGGGACUGUCUGAGGAAUUAAUGUUCUUAGAAAUCUUCCAGCAGGGUAAAGAGUGCACACCAGAUUAUUGUCAAUAUUAACCUAACAGAAAAAAAAUGGACCAAUUUUGCGCUUUCCCAUUAUAUUUAGAAUAUGUAUCCUUUGCAGGUUGGAUAUGGUUGAGAUUGAAGGCAAAAGGGGACGUCAGGUCCCACUGUUGUUAAUGCCUGAUAUCAAAAAAGCAAUGGAGAUCUUAGUCAAGAAAAGACAAAGCCAACACCAAUCCAAACAACAAGUUUUUCUUUACCCGCCUGUCUGA